AUGACUAGAAGAUCGAGAAGAGUUUAUGAGCCCAAUGAAAGUGCUGUUUCGGACUUGUCUGAUCAGCGCGAAGCGCAUUCCAGCGCGCACGAAGAGAAUCUGGAGGACAAACAUGAAGGGUUAGCAAAGAGAGCUGACGACUCACCCGUGAGCGGUGGAAAGAAGAAACCACGCUUGAGUUUGUCCCCUGAUGUUGAAGAUGAUGUCGAGGAGUUGUCCGACUCCCGAAAAGAGCGCCUUUUGAAGAACGUUAUGGAUUGCCUUGUCAAGGACUGGCACCCCCUUGAUCCAGAACAGAACCCGCUGGACAUUACUGACUUUGAAGAGUUACUUGGUCAAUUUGAACAUGCUUGGAUGUUCCGCAGGUCUAUGACUCUGGCGUUUAAGAAAUUACUGAUUGGUCGAGGUGUAACUCUUUCGAAAGAAAAAGCUGCAAUCUUUGCUCUGGCUAUAGAGCAAGCACUUGAACUUGAUGACAGUGAUGGGUGGAACGACAGCGUUUACGUUCAACGGUUAUACGAUUGUUGUUCCUUGGAAGAUUUCCAGCAGGCUUUGUGGGGUUGUGGUUUGAUUAAUCCAGGAGCGUUGAUGGCGAAGAUUUACGCCUGGUGCCACCCAGAGAAACUACCAGAAAUGGUGGCGAAGGAGGUCUCCAUGGAAAGCUUUUGGAGAGACCUAUUUGAAUUACCUUUCUGCGGUGGUCAAUGUGACCCAAUUUUACUUGCGUUGGCGAAAGGCUGUACAUGGGAAGUGUGUCUCAGGUAUGGUACUCAUGUGAUGAGGGACCUAAUGAGAACAGUUCCAGACUGGUGGAAGAGGCGGACUCCUUCUAGGUCUUUGAAGUUUUACAAAGAUUUGUUUGCCGAAACUAACAUGCCUCGCGAGUCGGAGAACUAUGUACAGAGAAGUUUGCAAGUGUGA